AUGAUGUGAUGGUGCGAUGGACGUGUGCGGCUCGAGUGGCUGGGCUCGAGCGAAAAAGCCUCAAGCGGCGGGGCUGGUAGCUCGUGGGCUUAUAACCUAUUCGAUCAACUCUACUACGUCAGCGAUGUAGUUAUAGCCAAGAGUGAUGAAUGCAUUUCAACAUACCUAUUCGAUCAACUCUACUACGUCAGCGAUGUAGUUAUAGCCAAGAGUGAUGAAUAGGAAGCUAACAAUAAGAGACCCGCGCGCCCCAAGUCCACAGCCAGCGAGCCUGGGGCUGAGCCAAUGGCCCAGGCUCGCUCCGCGCGCCUAAGUCCCAGGCUCGCUUCGCGCGCCUAAGUCCUGGGCCGGGGCGCCCGGCUCACUCGCGCGCCUAAGUCCGCGCCCGGUUCGCUCCGCGCGCCUAAGUCCUGAGCCGAGCGGAGAGUGGAUUCCUCACAUCUCGCACCGUCCUCCAUACAGAAGAUGGUUGCCGCUGGUUUGCUGGGGUCUCAGGGCCGGAUAUAGUGACGAAGAGGUAGAGAAGUUUGUCUGCAAUGCUUGCCUCAGCGCAAAGGGCCAUCGUCUUCCCUUUCCCGAUUCGGAUUCGCACUCCUCAGAGAGACUCGGCCUUGUACACAGCGAUGUGCUUUCCUUCCCCGAGCGGUCCUUGACUGGCAAACGUUACCUGGUCACAUUCCUUGACGAUUACUCGCGCAAACUCUGGGCCUACGCAAAUCGGACACAAAAGCGAAGUCUUCGGCAUAUUCAAAACUUGGCUAGCCGAGGUUGAACUCGAGACGGGUGCGACGCUGAAGGUCCUCCGAACCGACAACGGUGGCGAAUACUGUUCGAGAGCGUUCACAGAGUUCUGCAAGACACGAGGCACCCGUCGACAAUACUCUUAUCCCCACGCCUCAACAGAACGGUCGUGCAGAGCGGGUCAAUCGUUCCAUUGUCGAAGGCGUCCUUGCCCUCCUUGUCGACGCCACCUACCAAGACAUUCUGGGAGGAGGCUGCAGCUUAUUUCGUUUACUGCAAGAACCUGUGUCAACACGCGGCCCUGGACAAGGCAACACCAAACUCCGUCUGGCAGGGUGACCACACCACUGCCUCGGCGCUUCACCCGUUCGGCUGUUACAGCUUGGCUUACGGUCGCGCCCGAACUUCGCUCCAAACUCGACCCGAAGGCGGUUCGCGUUUUUUUCACCGGCUACGACCUGGCUUCAAAAGCCUUUCGCUUCUACGACACUGAAGAUUAUACUUGGCAGAAAUGCCACGUUCCUCGACACUGAAUUCCCCGGAUUACAUGGCGACCCACUGAGCAAGACGGCGACACGCACUUCGCCAGCGCUCCCACCACCGAAUCUCAAACCGUUGUCAAGACAUGGACCCCACUAGUAAGGUCGGCGCACAUGGACGUCUCAUCCUUUGAUGAUUCUGCCAUGAGCGCCGUUGACGUGGCCCCAGGGUACACUGGCGGAACCUUACUUAACUUCACAGAUGCCGAAUCGUCCUCGUCACCGUCGCCUGCGUCGCCCUCAUCACCGUCGUCUGCGCCAUCGCCUGCACUUUCACCAUCGUCGGCUGCGUCAUCGUCACCCUCGGCCUUACCGACCGACUCUGAAGACUCCGCCGAUCCCCUCGACCUCCUCGGCUCACAGGUUCGAUCCCACCACCCAGACUUCAGCACGUACCGCGAGCCCGCUCGGCUGAGGAGUCGCCCGACGAACUCGACCUCAUUGGGCGCCACUCUCGCGACGAAUCUCCGGACGAAAUCGAUUUUCUCACCCGACACCACCGCGCCUUCAUCGCCAUCGACGACGACACCUCUGACACAGAGGCAAUUCAGCCAGUCAAGUCCAUCACGAGGACCCACAGACCUGGCGCGAGGCGAUGUCAAGCGUGAAGUAUGGGCCAAAGCCGCCACCGACGAGUUCACCUCCAUGCGCGACGACUUCAAGGUCUUCACCAUCGAGGACCGAGCCACGGUGCCCGCGGGUGCGACUAUCGUUACAUCCAAGUUCGUCUGGAAAACGAAACGGAACGCACUCGGCGAAGUCACUGGAACAAGGCUGGUCGCGCAAGGCAAUCGGCAACGCGACGGCAUCGACUUCAACGAAACGUUCGCACCGGUCGCACGCUUCUCCUCGAUACGCUCACUCCUCGCGCUGGCGGCCGCCAACGGCUUCUGUGCACCAGGCGGACAUCGAUCAAAGCAUUUCAUGGCGACCUUGACCACGACAUCUGGAUGACGGCACCGCGCGGCUUCGACCUUCCCAGCGACCGUGCUGCGACGCUCCAUCUACGGGCUCAAACAGGCUGGCCGAAUCUGGAAUCGACACAUCGACGCUUCGCUUCGGGCCCUCGGUUACACGGCGACGGGCACCGACCACUGCGUAUACUCUUGCUCGUCAAUGUCCACACUACAUCGCACUGUACGUCGACGACCUCCUGAUGAUCAGCCCGGAACUGGCCGAAAUCGAACGUGUCAUCUCAGGCCUGGACCAACGCUACGGAGUCAAGCGCCUCGGCCCGGCCGAGUAUAUCCUCGGCAUCCAGAUCAGGCGGUUCGACGACGGCUCUAUCGCCCUAUCCCAGGAACGGUACAUCAUGGACGUGCUCGCUCGGUUCCACUUCGACACCACGACUCGCGGCACUACAGUUCCGAUGACUCCCGGCCUUUCGCUCUGCUAUCCCGGGUCAAGGCACCGAACGGAUCAGGUCAUGGUAUCUGCAGGCUAUCGGCUCGCUCCUCUACAUUUCGCUCGGUACCCGCCCUGACAUCGCCUUCGCCGUGUCCUACCUGGCCCGCUUCGCCACAACCCCGGUCGUCGUCAUUGGAUUGCGGUCAAGCACAUCCUACGCUAUCUCCGGGCCACGUAUCGCAACGAACUAUGUAUGCUCGCGGCCAGGCUCGCAUCACGGGUGUGGUAGGCUACUCCGACGCGAACUGGGGGGCCUGCAUCGACACAUCGGUGUCCACCAUGGGCUACGUCUUCUACAUCGCUGGCUCGGCCGUGUCCUGGUCGUCCAAACGCCAGUCUCGAUGCCGAUUCGACCACCGACGCUGAAUACCUCGCCCUCUCGCAUGCUGGCAAGGAAGGGAUUUACCUCAGUCAGCUGCUCGAAGAGCUCCAUGUACAACCUGUUGCACCGGCUCACAUCUUUACUGACGAACUGCUGCAGUUGCUCACGAUCCUGUCCGCGUCUCUGGCACUCGGCACAUACGCUUGCGUGAGCACUUCGUUCGGGAUAUGAAGGAACUAUACCACUGCAAAGGCGAGGCACCUCUCUUCAGUGAGCGCAUAUUGUCCUAG